GCGGGGAGCGCUCUCCUCGCGGCCCCUCUCGCCGGACCCCCGGACCCCGAUGGCUCGGAUGGGGCUUGCGGGCGCCGCUGGACGCUGGUGGGGACUCGCUCUCGGCUUGACCGCAUUCUUCUUCCCAGGCCCCCAGGCCCAGGUGGUCCAGGUGAACGACUCCAUGUACGGCUUCAUCGGCACGGACGUGGUUCUGCACUGCAGCUUCGCCAACCCGCUGCCCGGCGUGAAGAUCACCCAGGUCACGUGGCAGAAAGCCACCAACGGCUCCAAGCAGAAUGUGGCCAUCUACAACCCAGCCAUGGGCGUCUCGGUGCUGAACCCCUACCGCGAGCGCGUGGAGUUCCUGCGGCCCUCCUUCACCGACGGCACCAUCCGCCUCUCGCGCCUGGAGCUGGACGACGAGGGGGUCUACAUCUGCGAGUUCGCCACCUUCCCCGCCGGCAAUCGAGAGAGCCAGCUCAACCUCACCGUGAUGGCCAAACCCACCAACUGGGUAGAGGGUACCCAGGCGGUGCUUCGAGCCAAGAAGGGGCAGGAUGACAAGGUCCUGGUGGCCACCUGCACCUCGGCCAACGGGAAGCCUCCCAGCGUGGUGUCCUGGGAAACACGUCUGAAGGGCGAAGCGGAGUACCAGGAGAUCCGGAACCCCAACGGCACGGUGACCGUCAUCAGCCGCUACCGCCUGGUGCCUAGUCGGGAAGCCCACCAGCAGUCCCUGGCCUGCAUCGUCAACUACCACAUGGACCGCUUCCGAGAGAGCCUCACCCUCAAUGUGCAGUACGAGCCCGAGGUGACCAUUGAGGGCUUUGAUGGGAACUGGUACCUGCAGCGAACAGACGUGAAGCUCACAUGCAAAGCUGACGCCAACCCCCCCGCCACCGAGUACCACUGGACCACGCUGAAUGGCUCUCUCCCCAAAGGCGUGGAGGCCCAGAACAGAACCCUCUUCUUCAGGGGGCCCAUCAGCUACAGCCUGGCAGGGACCUACGUGUGUGAGGCCACCAACCCCAUCGGCACACGUUCGGGCCAGGUGGAGGUCAACAUCACAGAGUUCCCCUACACCCCGUCUCCCCCCGAACACGGGCGGCGCGCCGGGCCAGUGCCCACAGCCAUCAUUGGGGGCGUGGCAGGGAGCAUCCUGCUGGUGGUGAUCGUGGUCGGCGGGAUUGUGGUGGCCCUGCGCCGGCGCCGGCACACCUUCAAGGGUGACUACAGCACCAAAAAGCACGUGUACGGCAACGGCUACAGCAAGGCAGGCAUCCCCCAGCACCACCCGCCCAUGGCCCAGAACCUGCAGUACCCGGAUGACUCGGACGAUGAGAAGAAGCCCGGCCCUCUGGGUGGGAGCAGCUACGAGGAAGAGGAGGAGGAGGAGGGCGGCGGAGGGGGCGAGCGCAAGGUGGGUGGUCCCCACCCCAAAUACGACGAGGACGCCAAGCGGCCCUACUUCACCGUGGAUGAGGCGGAGGCCCGUCAGGAUGGCUAUGGGGACCGGACUCUGGGCUACCAGUAUGACCCCGAGCAGCUGGACUUGGCCGAGAACAUGGUUUCUCAGAACGACGGGUCUUUCAUUUCCAAGAAAGAGUGGUAUGUGUAGGCGCCCCCUCCAAGCCUCUGUCUGCGCCUUUCUCCCCAGCCCCCACCCGCACGCCCCCUGCCCACCCCCGUGCCCGCUCCUCCGGGAGCUCGACAGAGACUCACCCAGCUGCCCAAAGCCAGCUCCACACUCCUGGGGAGCGGGGAGCCCAGGGCACACGUGACCUGGCUUGGUUUUGAUUUCCUCCCCGUCCCCGGCCCUCCCCAUGCUGUUGUGUUCACUGUGGCUUUGGUGUUGCUGUACCUUUUCUCCCCUGACCCUCCGCCUGCCCUCUGUGCGGGGAGCCCUAUUCUCGUCUUGUGUACCUGGGCACCCCUCCAGGGUUUGGGGAGCCAGCCCUCCCCCACCCCCCAACACUGGAAACUGUUUGCGUCCUUCCCACUGGGGGUGGAGGGCUGAGGGGGGCCCUGAGGGGGAAAGCCCUGCCCUACCCCCAGCUGCUGCUCCUCUUUUCCCAGGGAGAGGGAACCCAGUCCUCCCUGCCACCAGCAGCCGGGAGCUUAGACCCUGGUCUAGAUGGCAAUUGCACCAGAGAGGCAGGGAGAGGCUUCUCCAAAGCACCCAGGGUUGUCUUGUUCUUUAUGUGAAUCAAGUUGAGGUUUCCACCCAGGGCCUUGGGCAGUGUAUUUUCCUGGCGAGGUUGGUUUUACAUUUUUUUUCCUCAUUGGCUGACAGAGAAUGAAGUUGGCCCAGCCCUGGUGCGUCUCUCCUCUUGACCCCUAUCUGCUCCCCAUGCAGUGGGGCUCCCCUAUCUGGCCCAUGCUUCCCAUAUGCCUCUACCAACGCAUAACACUGACACCUACAUGCACACUCGCCACUCAUGUCCGCCCCUCGUUCCCCCCGGGGCCAUAUGCCCUUGCAGGCUGGACAGCGCUGGGGCCCACCCCUCUCUGCUCCACCUUUUCCCCUCCCAGCAGAGGAUGGGGACAGCUGAGACCAGAGCUCCCUGGAGCCUCUACCCUAGGAGCUCAGGCUGGCCCCAAAAUGCUUCUUUCAGCAGGGGAGUUUCUCCCAUUUCUCCCUUACCUGUCAAGUGCUGGUAACUGUUGAUUCCCCUGGAGAGUCAGGGCUGGGGUCCCUAGCAUGUGCAGGUGUCAGAGGUGACCGAGUACCACCAGUCAGUGAGGAAGGGAGUCGACGGUAGAAGCUCUGCGAACACACAGAGUACAGCCGGCAGCCCACCUGCCAAGGCCAAUGCAGACGUUCUGGGCUUGCCGGAAAUGCAAGGGGAGUGGGGUCACGAGGAAUCCAGAUUCAAGAGCUCCUGUUCACCCCUCACCACCUUCCUCUCUCCCCUCCCAGCUCAGCUAUACCUGGUCUCCAUUCUGGGAUGGGGAAGGGGUAGGGGAUCCUUAGGGAAGCUUUCCCUUUGAGUUACAGGUUCCCUCCUUGAAUGGGGCUCUGGGUCCCCAUCAGUCACCCACGACGAGGGCUUCCUGUCUGUACAGUCGGGGAAAGGUCCCUCCCAGCCCUCUCCAUUCCCCCAGCUCAAAGUGCCUCAGUUCCUCCAUCUGCCCACCCUGGUCCCCCCAGCACUCUGGAUAGGAAAGACCCUGGGAUGGGAGAGGCAGGCUCAUGCCCGCCCAUUAGGGUUCCAGUUAACUCAACCCAGGCUGUCCAGGGCUCUGUGGGAUGGCAAGUGUUGGGGGGGCAGGCAGCAGACCACUCUGUGCCCCACGGGCACCGACCUACCCUGCCAUAGGCUUCCCAAGGGAGCCCCAGCACCCCUUCCUCCCUUCCCUGGUGCUGCUAUUGAAUCCCUGCCCACCCCUGUCUCUGCCCUGGCAACCCUGGGCCCACCAGCUGGGCCACCCUCACCUGGCCCCCACUGCCCUCACCCAGCCCUGGCUGCCCAGUAGCCACGUAGCAGAAGUCUGAAGCCAUGCCAGCCCUGGGACAGCUCUCCCCUCUUGGCACUGGGGGUACUGGAUGGGGUGGAGCUGGAGGAGAACGUUCUGAGGUCUUUCUAGCCACAGGGCAGAGGGGUGUGGAGGAGCUGGGCUGCUUCUCCUGGCAGUAUUAGUGUCCCCCUCCCCACCCAGGGCAGAGGGCUUUCUCCAUGUUACAUCCCACCUCACGGCACUCUGGCCCCUCUGUUUGGUCUCCUUGUGCCUGGGGGCCUACUUGAUAGAGGCAUUCUCUGUCUUCUGGAAACCAUGAAACAAAGAACUCUUCUUCCUGUGUCUCCCUUAUCUUGCACUGCCAAUCCCUGUUCCUCCUUAUAUGAUGUACUUAGGAGGGCCUCUGGGCCCAGCCAAAGCACUGAGUCCCCUUUAAGACACCUCCAUACCCUCCCCCCAAGCAAAGCACAAACUGUGGGACUCAUGCCACAUGCAUGGACCAUGUGGGAGGCUGCUGCCUGUCCGGGAGCCCAGCGGCACUCCCGGCAAGGCAGCUGCUGCUCGGGGGCUGAAGGUAGGCAUGAGGCAGCAGGGGUUGGCACUCGGGCCUGGGGAGGUGGGGUUUUCUGUACCCCGAGUCUGCAGGAAGGUGGGACCUGCUGCUGGGCUCCCUGACACAGCCCGCUGGCGGCGGGGAGGCCUGGCCCAACAGAGACAAGGACACUCCACUUCUCCUUCAUGCCCCAGCAUGAGCUGAGCUUCUGCCUUUGCUGGAAAUGAAAUAAACUUGGUAUUCCUUGUGCCAAGGCGUCCCCCAGUUGUCACCCUGCCUCUUGUUACCCUCCCUGUUCUUGGCCCCCCAACCCUCUGACCCCCACCCAUUUCUUUAAGAUUUUGAUAUUGUUCUGAUGUGUAAAAGCAUCUGAGUCCCCUUUCAUCAGAAGGAGCUGAAAAGCAGCAGCACGGGAUCGGUGAUCGUGAGCAGGCGAGUGCAGCCACCUCCAGCCCCGUCCACACAUGCGCGGGGCACCCCCACCCCCCAACAGACCCAAGCACAGGUGCCCUGGGCAUGCACAGGUGCGCACACGCGGCCGUGGCAGAGGACUGGGCUGGUCCUGCUGAAAGCCCCACAGGAGAGAGGUGAAUUCCCAGUGCUCAGGCCAUUAGAGAGACUCAUGGGAGCCUCGUUUCCCUGGACCUGUGCCCCCUCUGCCAACCUCCUCCUACGUGCCCAAGCCACUGGUGCAAUAAUUUUUUUCUGCCAUCCUCCGAGCAGAGGAAUCGGGAAUUGUGUUCGGUGGAUGUGGGCAGCUCACCCGAGGGGUGGGGUGGGGGCUGCUCACAGGCCUCCAGGGGCCCAGACAGACCUCUGAAGCCCAGCUGCCACCAGGAGCCCGCUCCUACGAAGGACCGGGCAGGACCCUCCCAGGCCCCCGCACCCACAGAGAGCCCUGCUCUGGCCACGGGCGCCCCAGGGGGGCAAGCCCUGGGGUCCUGGCGCCUCUCGCUGCUGCUGUCCCACCGGAAGGCCAGAGGAGCCCCUGUCCCACCGGUGCUGCUGCUCUUCUGACCCCUGCUGUGAGGAACAGGAUUCUAGGCCAGAAAACGAUGGUUUCCUCUUUUUGUAUAAAAUGGAAACAAAAUCCAGGAGAAGCUGCCACUCCUCACCUCUGAGUGCAACCCGCUACCUUGCCUUCGGUUUCUUCGUCACCGUGUCGUCUUUGGUCCCGGAGACGGCUCAGCAGGUUCUCCUGGUUCUGACCCAGGGGGUGUUUGCAUCACCCCCUUUUACUUGUAUAAAAAAAAAAAGAUGGGUUGAAAAAAUGUACUGAGGAAAAGAAAUGUACUUUUUUAUAAAUAAAGUGUUUAAAACAA